UAAAACUCUCUGUUCGCUCCUCACUCUUCACUUACACAAAAACAACCACCAGCCAGCCACCCACCAACAGCAAACCUUUCUCUCUUCUCUCAACCCAAAAGAAAAAAGAUAAAUAAUAAAUAAAAAAGACAACUUUAUUCUGUGACGUGCAUGAUAAUUAAGAAUAUAAUUCAAGAAGUUAUGUGGCCGCGGUCGCACAGCGUCGUCAGGGACGGCGUCGACGACGACCCCGACGGUGGUGGCGGUUCCAGUUCCUGCUGCUGGGCCAACCUGCCACAGGAGCUCCUCAGAGAGAUUCUCCUUAAGAUUGAGGCGUCGGAGAGCGCGUGGCCUCCUCGGAGGAGUGUGGUCGCGUGUGCCGGAGUUUGUACCAGUUGGAGACAGAUCACUAAAGAGAUUGUUAAAGUCCCUGAACUUUCCGGUUAUUUGACUUUCCCCAUCUCCGUUAAACAGCCUGGACCAAGGGAUUUUCUCCUUCAGUGCUUUAUAAAACGCAACCGGUCCACCCAAACAUAUCACCUUUACCUUAGUUUAACGAAUGCACUAGCUGAUGAUGGAAAGUUUCUCCUUGCUGCCCGCAAGUGCAGACGCCCCACCUGCACUGAUUAUAUCAUCUCUCUGCAUGCUGAUGAUAUGUCAAAAGGGAGCAACACUUAUAUUGGGAAACUGAGAUCAAACUUCUUAGGAACCAAGUUUAUAGUUUACGAUGGGCAACCUCCUCACGCUGGAGCCAAGAUGACAAGAAGUCGCUCCACUAGACUAGUGAAUUUGAAACAAGUUUCUCCGAGGGUCCCACAUGGCAACUAUCCAGUUGCUCACAUCUCAUAUGAAUUGAAUGUGUUAGGUUCUAGGGGUCCUAGGAGAAUGCUCUGUAAUAUGGAUGCCAUUUCUGCUUCUUCUAUUGGACCUUUAGGAGUAGCCCCAACGCAGACAGAGUUUUCUCCCAGCAAUGUGGAUUCCUUCCCAUCAAUCCCAUUUUUCCGGUCGAAAUCAAACCGCUUGGAGAAGUUCUUAUCUGGACCUUUGACCAGUCAGAAAGAGGUACCACUGGUGUUAAAAAAUAAGGCUCCCAGGUGGCAUGAGCAGCUCCAGUGUUGGUGCUUGAAUUUCCAUGGAAGAGUAACAGUUGCUUCAGUGAAAAACUUUCAGCUGGUAGCUUCUCCUGAAAAUGGACCAGCACGGCCAGAACAUGAGAAAAUCAUCCUGCAGUUUGGAAAAGUGGGGAAGGAUUUAUUUACAAUGGAUUAUCGAUACCCGAUAUCUGCAUUUCAAGCAUUUGCAAUCUGCCUAAGCAGCUUUGACACUAAGAUUGCUUGUGAAUGACACAUGGUCAUACAGAUGAGUAUGACAAACAAUAUUUUCUCCUUUGGUUAUGGAGCAGCAAGUUUGGAGGUUCCAUUGCAAGUUGCAUUACAAUAAGAUUGUUGUGGGGAGAUUCUGAUACUAGGCUGCAUAAAGGAGAUAGAUGCAAAGAAUAUGCCUAUUCUUUCAAGGUUCUGAUGACUUGGCUUGAAAUUUUAGCUAUGAUCAGAUUGUGAGAAGGCAUAUUGGUCUCAUUGGAAGACCAGGACAUUUGGACCUUAGUCAUCUGUCAUCCUCUGUAUAUUAUAUUUAUUUUGAUUGUGUACAUAGUUUCAAUGUUCAAGGAAAAAAUGGCUUGGCUCUCGCUUGUUUGCUAUCUGAUCCCUCAUUUAAUUUUGAUGAGCACUGACAUGCCAGUUUAAUCUUAA